UGCACCCGUUGCGGGCAACAAUGCAGCGGGCUGGGAGCAUGAUGUCCCGUCUGGGCUCGUGUCUCCAGGCGCUCCCCUCGGCCCUGCGCCGUUCUCUCAGUAGUGCACAGGACGUGCUCCGCAGGACACCACUCUAUGACUUCCACCUGGCCCAUGGCGGGAAGAUGGUGGCAUUCGCAGGCUGGAAUCUGCCUGUGCAGUACCGGGACAGCCACGUUGACUCACACCUGCAUACACGCCGGCACUGCUCGCUCUUUGACGUAUCCCACAUGCUGCAGACCAAGAUAUUUGGCCAUGACCGGGUGAAGCUGAUGGAAAGUCUAGUGGUUGGAGAUAUUGCAGAGCUAAAGCCAAACCAGGGAACACUGUCGCUGUUUACCAAUGAGGCUGGCGGCAUCUUAGAUGACUUGAUUGUGACCAACACCUCUGAGGGACACCUGUAUGUGGUGUCCAAUGCUGGCUGCUGGGAAAAGGACCUGACCCUCAUGCAGGACAAGGUUAGGGAGCUUCAGAACAUGGGCAACGAUGUGGGCCUGGAGGUGAUGGAUAAUGCCUUGCUAGCCCUGCAAGGCCCCACUGCGGCCCAGGUGCUACAGGCUGGCGUGGCAGAUGAUCUGAGGAAACUGCCCUUCAUGACCAGUGCUGUGAUGGAGGUGUUUGGCGUGUCUGGCUGCCGUGUGACCCGCUGUGGCUACACAGGAGAGGAUGGUGUGGAGAUCUCGGUGCUCGCCGCGGAGGCAGUCCGCCUGGCAACAGCUCUGUUGGAAAACCCAGAGGUGAAGCUGGCAGGUCUGGCGGCCCGGGACAGCCUGCGCCUGGAGGCAGGCCUCUGCCUGUAUGGGAACGACAUUGAUGAACACACCACACCUGUGGAAGGCAGCCUCAGUUGGACAUUGGGGAAGCGCCGCCGAGCUGCUAUGGACUUCCCAGGAGCCUCAGUCAUUGUUCCCCAGCUGAAGGGCAAGGUGCAGCGGAGGCGUGUGGGGUUAAUGUGUGAGGGGGCUCCUGUGCGGGCGCACAACCCCAUCCUGAGUACGGAGGGUACAGUGCUUGGUGCUGUGACCAGUGGCUGCCCCUCACCCUGCCUAAAGAAGAAUGUGGCGAUGGGUUAUGUGCCCUAUGAGUACAGUCGGCCAGGUACCCUGCUGCUGGUAGAGGUGCGGCGAAAGCAGCAGAUGGCCAUGGUCAGCAAGAUGCCCUUUGUGCCCACAAACUAUUAUACCCUUAAGUGAGGAUGACUUGGAGCAGGGCCCUCUCCUCCAGGAGCCUUACCCUGGAGGGCAUUGUACAAGGGGCUAGGGGUUUGUACAAGGGGUUUGUCAGGAAGCUGAGGCAGAACACACUUGGGGUGGCUAGGUGGAGGCUGGUACUGGUUGUCUGGGUAACGGGGUCACACCACCUAUUCCCACUUCAUCCUGUGCCACUUGCAACUUCAAGACCCCAUUUCUGAGUGAUGGACCAGCCCACGGUCCCAUUUACUCCACUCUUGCCUGCUGGAGAAGCAUCAGUUCUGGCACCUCGCCCUUCCACUCUGCCAGGUGCUGCCUGUGGAGCAAAGGCUCACCUUUAGCGGGAGGAGAAAGCCUGCCCAACCUACCUCACCACAGUUUCUCACACUGCAAAGGGUCACUACCUUGGGCAGUGCCGGCUACCUCCUCUGGUUCACUUUCCAUGAAUUCAAACUGUUGCCUCUUCCUGGGCAGGGAUGAUUCCUGACUCACAGAGGGUUGGCCUAGUAGGGCUGUGGUGCCCGUGUGUAAACUUGGGGAUGGCUGAGGGGGGCAUGGACUCAUUCUUCCACAUUCUCCAGUUGGCCCAGCCUGCUGCCCAGCAGCCAGCCAUGCCAGGCUCACCACCUGUUCUGAGCCCCAGGGCUGUUGUAGGGCAGGCUGGGCCUCCUCCCAGACUUGCCUUAUCCUGGGCUGACCUCCGUCCCUGGGACUUAUUACUGGACUCCACUGACCCCUAAAGAAAAUAAAACAUUAAAUGAGCUUC